AUGUUGGAUCGUGACUUCUACUCCAUCUUCCUCUUCCUUCCACGACCCAAUAAAAAGAUCCCUCUGGACAAACUGUCCAGCUCAGAGCUGGAUAAACACAUCAUGUGGUGCCCUUUGUGCCCCAAGACGUGUCCUGCACAGAGCUGUCCCUGCGGCCCGACCCCGCUGGCCAACAGCUGCAAUGAGUGCUGUGUCAGGCAGUGCCAGAGCUCCACUGUUGCCAUCCAGCCCUCUGCUGUGGUGGUGACUCUGCCCGGGCCCAUCCUCAGCUCCUUCCCACAGAACACCGUGGUGGGAUCCUCCACCUCCACUGCCGUUGGCAGCAUCCUCAGCUGUGAUGGAGUGCCCAUCAACUCCGGGGGCUUUGACCUCUCCUGCAUCACCAGCUGCUACCGUGGCAGAUGUCCCCCCUGCUAA